AUGGAAGCUGUAAAUUAUGAAGAAAUUUUUAAGGAUUCAAAACCGUAUAAUAUAUAUAAAGAAUUGGAUGAUGAAGUUAAAGAUGUGACUGAUGGCCAACAUUGUACUGAAUUUGAAGGAAUAACUUCUACUCACAAAGAAAAAUAUGUUACACUUUGUAAAAAAGUAUCAAAACUUUUAAAAUAUGUGUUUGAUAAGGAUAAAUUGAAAAAAAGUAAGGAAUAUUGUUCGCACUAUAGAAACUGGGUAUAUCAAGAAAUAUGGAAUUUGUUUAAAGAAGGUGCAUCAAAUAAUGAUAUCGAAGAUGUUAUUAAUAAAUUUAAUAAAUUACAGUUUGAUCUUUUCUCUCAUUACAAAAGGAGUGAUUGUUCAUAUAGAUUUGAUAUUAAGAAUUUGCAGGGACUGAAUUAUAAAGUCGAAGAGAAGUAUUUGUAUGAUUAUUUUAAAAAUUAUAACACUAUUAGAACUAGUGAAAAUUGUAAUAAGUGUACGAAUGGUAAAUAUAAAGAAUACCUUAAAUCUAUCAGUGAUAUAUAUAACAAUUGGAAGGAUUCUUGUUGUUGGUAUGGGAAAUCAGAAUGCGACCAUUAUUUUUUAAGUUGUAAAGAUAAGUUUGAUCCUAGUGAAAUCUUAUCUGCAUUUCUAUCUAAAGGCAAAGGAAGUUGUGAUGGGCUAAACAGUAUUAGAGCUAAUUUUGAUGAAGAAGAAUUAAAUUCUAUAGUAUCAGAUCUAGAAACUUUGAACACAAUUACUUAUGGAACAUGCUAUUAUUUAGAUAAUGACAAACUUACACCAGGUGAAAAGAGACGUCAACAUUGUAAUUUAUUAGCAGCAUCUGUCAUGUUAACUAGAAGUGCGCCUACAACUGUAGAUGAUGGAUCAAGAGCAUCUGUUAGUGGAUCCUCUUCAGGUAGUGCGAUUUCAGAGUCCAGGGCAGAUCAAACAGGAGGAGAACCAUCAAAAGGACAUGUAUUACAAGGUCUACGUGAAGCAAAAAGUAAAGAAGGGGAUUUUGAAGAAAUUACAGUAAAAAAAGAAGCUGUACCUCCUGUGAAAGACGCAUCUGGUCCUAUUAGAUGGAAAUUUGACGAGAGAGGAACACUGCAGUGUCCAUCUAAAGGUAGAAAUAAAUAUGAAGAACUACUUUGCGAGUAUAUGGAUGUAUUGGUUGAAGGAAAUUUUGCUACAAAAAUAGACAGAACUGGGAAGUACAAAGUUCAGAUUGGAAGAACAUGGAAUGAAUCCGAUUUAAAACAAUAUCGUGUAGCAGUAAGGAAAAGGAGAUCAUCUAAUGAAUCAAAUAUAUUAAACAACAUUUUUGUCCGUAUUUCUACUGGAGUUACUCUAGUAAUGGGAAUUAUUUUUAUAUUUUACCUUUUUUUUAAAUUUACUCCCUUCGGAUCACGUUUACGUAGACAUAGAAAAAGAAAACAAAGGUAUAGGUUUGAUUUUACCGAUUUAAGUACACGCAGACGACCAAGGCGCUUCUUAAAACGUACUUAUAGGCAUUCUGACAGGAAAAGAUUUAACGUAGUAAAUAUAGAAGAUGAGCUUCAUUCAUCAAAUGAUUUACAAAAUAUCAACUGA